CACGCACACACACACUCCCUAACUGGUCCUUCCAUCAGUUUCAGAGUCGCUGCGACGUGCACCCUGUGAUGGUCGCUAUAAAAUAGAAGCGCCAAAUAAUCAUAAAACUUCUUGCCAAACGGGACUGACGAGCAUCACUGUAAAGUAGGACAGGUGGAGAUUCAGUAAAAUACAUCUGCAGAAGUUUUCAGCCUUCCCUUUUGUGCAGGAAAGAAGAUGAACAAAGUAACUAAGAUCCAAACAAACCCAUCAAUGGCUGGGAUAGACAUGGCCCCUUGCUUUAAGGUGACCGUGUUCGAGCAGGAGCAUUUCCAAGGCAAGUGUCAGGAACUCACCUCAGAGUGCCGAAACAUCCAGGAGCGUGGGUUUGACAACAUCCGCUCUAUCCGUGUGGAGAACGGCGCCUGGGUGGGAUACGAGCACCAUGACUUCCAGGGGCAGCAGUUUGUCCUGGAAAAAGGAGAAUAUCCUCAUUGGGAUGCCUACAGCGGCAGUCUGGGCUACCAUGUGGAAAGGAUGAUGUCCCUGCGCCCCAUAUGCAGCGCUGCCCACCAGAGCAGUCGCAUGGUCAUCUAUGAGAAGGACAACUUCCUGGGCCGCAAUGUAGAGCUGUGUGACGAUUACCCGUCUCUGCAGGCCAUGGGCUGGUGCGACAAGCAAGUGGGCUCCAUGCAUGUGCAGUGUGGCGCCUUUGUGUGUUACGAGUACCCUGGCUAUCGAGGACAGCAGUACGUUAUGGAGUGUGACAAGCACAGCGGAGACUACCAGCACUGGAAGGACUGGGGCUCCCACUGCCAGACCCCUCAGAUCCAGUCCAUCCGCAGAAUCCAACAGUAAUGCCUGAUGGGAAAAACGGAAGAAAAGUGUGCAGACAGAGUGAGGAAGCAGAGGAGUCGCGUCAAUCAUUCUAGCAGCAGUCACUUUAUGAGGUGCAGUGUGAAAAAUUGUAAAACCUUCACUGGUUGCACGUGGUUUCCACUUGUGGUGCUCUAGUACUACACAAAAAAA